UCCAAACUCAUUAAGGAACACAGAGCAAGUGUCUCUGUCAACUCAGGGAAGAAAGUGACAGCAGAAGGAACAGGAACAUCCCAUCACAAAGAAGACAAGUGGAUCUUUUUUAUGAAUCUAGAGACGGAGAAUCAGGGGAAAAUCAGGGGAUUUUUCUGAUUACAUCUUCCCUUGUUUGUUCUAAACCUCUUCAGUUGCAAUCCUACUGUGUGCCCGGGACAAACAUGCCUACAAAUGGAAUUAACAAGGCCCUGAAGCUGCAGUUUGGCCUUAUCAACCAUGAGAACCGAUAUCUUACCGCUGAGGGAUUUGGCUUCAAGGUGAAUGCCUCAGGCAUGAGCAUGAAGAAGAAACAGAUUUGGACUUUGGAGCACGAUGACCAAAUGAACAAGGAUGACCAGGUGGUGUUCCUGCGUAGCCAUCUGGGACGCUAUCUAGCCUCCGACAAAGAUGGAAAAAUUUCAUGUGAGUCGGAAAAACCUGAUGCAGAUUGCCGUUUUCUGAUUGUGCCCCAAUCUGAUGGCCGCUGGGCACUCCAGUCAGUACUGUACCUGCGUUACUUUGGAGGUUCAGCUGACUAUCUGUCAUGCUUUGAGCAGGAUAUUGGGGAAAAAGUGCUGUGGGCCAUGCAUUUGGCUCUACACCCCCAGGCCAGUCUGCUCAGCGUGGCUCGUAAGCGUUAUGCCCAUCUGUCCGCUUCCGAUGGAGAGAUCUCAGUGGACAGCAACAUUCCUUGGGGUGUGGAUUCCCUGGUGACCCUAGUAUACCUGGAUGGCAAGUACAGCCUGAAGACCUGUGACAGUCGUUUCCUUAGUAACGAUGGUAAACUGGUAAAGGAGAACAGCCACACAACUGGAUUCACACUGGAGCUGAAAUACGGGAAGGUGGCAUUUAAGGACUGUGAUGGGAGAUACCUGACCCCAGUCGGUCCCACCGGAACGCUGAAGUCCGGACGAACCUCAAAGCCUUUAAAAGACGAGCUGUUUGAUCUAGAGGAGAGUCAUCCGCAAGUAGUUUUUCAAGCUGCCAAUAAAAGAUUUGUCUCAGUCAAACAAGGGAUGAGUAUUUCAGCCAAUCAGGAUGUGGAGACCGACAUGGAGACCUUUCAGAUGGAAAUUGAUAAGGAACCCAAAAAGUAUAUGUUCAGAACCAACAGCGGAACUUACUGGACAUUAGUGUCUCAUGGGGAGAUCCAGUCUACUGCCACAGACUUGGUGGAGAACACAAUGUUUGACAUUGAGUGGAUGGGAGACAGGGUAGCACUGAAGGCCAGUAAUGGGAAGUAUAUCUGUACAAAGAAGAACGGGCAGCUCUCAGCAGUCAGCGAUUGUGUAGGGGAUGAUGAAUUAUUCCUUAUGAAACUCAUCAACCGGCCGAUCCUGAUACUUCGAGGGGAAAACGGUUUUGUGUGUCACCAUAAGAGCUCCAACACUUUGGAUACAAAUCGAUCUGUCUAUGACAUUUUCUCCUUGAUCUUCAAUGAUGGUGCUUACCACAUAAAAAGCGUGAACGGAAGGUUCUGGUAUGUCUCUGGCAGUGGCCUCGUCUGCUCAGAUGGAGACAAGCCUGAAGACUUUUUCCUCGAGUUCCUGGAGCACGGACGCAUCGCAAUCAAGGCCUCCAGUGGCAAGUACCUACGAGGAGACCAGGGAGGCAUUCUUACGGGUGAUGGAACAACUGUUGAUGCAUCCUCUCUCUGGGAGUACUGAUAUUUUAUGUGAUGGUGAAACAACAAUUUCAAAAA